AAGGGCUGCGAGCGGCGCGGAGCGGAGCGGGCAGGGCAGAGGCCCCGCGGCGGCCCCCGGGGUAGGAAGGGGCGGAGGGCGCUGCCGGCGCUGCCGCGGACGGCGGGGAGGGCGAGUCACCCGGCAACGAUUAACUGCUGAAGUACUGAUCGAGUUCUGCUAUUCUUCAAUGAGGAACUACAGGCUGAUCUUUUGCCAUAAUCUUAAACAACCAUAAAUGACAAAAGAAUGCUUGGUCAGUGAGGGCAGCUGGCGCAGGAAGCGUUUUUCAAACUCGGCUGUUUAAGUACUCUGAGAAAAGACAGCUUUGAUUUUUGGCUGCAAAAAGAUAUGAGGAAGAGCUCCUCCCCUUCCUUGAGUAACUGCAACUCUGUUCUUGCUAACAAAAUAUUUGGAAUUCCACUUGAUGAGCUGCAGCAAGAAGGGCAACCAGACAAUGAGGUUCCAUUCAUAGUCCGCCAUGUCGUGGACUAUAUUGAGGAACAUGGGGGUCUGGAACAAGAAGGACUUUUUCAAGUCAAUGGGAAUGCUGAGACAGUGGAGUGGCUCCGGCAGCGCUACGAUAACGGAGAGGAUGUGGACCUGGUUAAAGAAGCAGAUGUACCCUCAGCUAUCAGCCUUCUUAGAUUUUUUCUUCAAGAACUUCCAGAGCCAGUUAUCCCAGGCAGUUUGCACAUACAUUUGAUGCAACUUUCUCAAGAUUAUAAUAAUGAAGAUGAAUUUGGAAGAAAGCUGAGGUUCCUCUUGCAGCAGCUUCCACCUGUUAAUUACAGUUUGUUGAAGUUUCUGUGUAAAUUUUUAGCUAAUGUAGCAUCUCAUCAUGAAGAAAUUUGGUCAGCAAGUUCUUUAGCUGCAGUCUUUGGCCCGGAUGUCUUUCACAUUUACACAGAUGUGGAGGAUCUGAAAGAACAAGAAAUAGUGAGCAGAAUAAUGGCGGGACUGCUGGAGAACUACUACGAGUUUUUUGAAAAUGAAGAGGAAGAUUUUUCAUCUACGAAUGAUUUAAGCUCAAUAACUGAGCAGAUCAAUGAUCUCUUGGAAGAAGAGGAAGAUGUAAAGCUUGAGCAGUCUGAAGAACUUCCAGAAGAUGGCACAGAGAAACCUGUUGAAAGGCCAGCUGUGGUGCAUUUAGAUGUGACAGGGAGUCUCUCGGAUUCCAGGAGUGUUACAGCAUCAACAAGUGCUCAUAUCUCUCCCAUAAGUAUCUUGCCCGCCUCUGCAGACAUUUUAGAAAGAACAAUCAGAGCAGCUGUGGAACAGCAUCUUUUCGACCUGCAGAGCAGCUUAGAUAACGAUCUGAAACAUAUCCAGCAACACAGACUGGGCUGUAACAAUGAAGAAAAAAAUCCCAGUGGGGAUGAGGAAGGAUCUAACAACCAGAAUGAUGUUAUUGAAGGUAAUGACACUGGCAGCAGUGAAAACACAGGAGACUGCUCUGAAGUGUUGGUUUGCACUGAUUUAGACAGUGAAGCUAUGAAACAUGAAACUGGAACUGGGGAGGAAGAAAGCAUUCAGGUACCAGCCCUUCCUUCUGCUGAGGCUGCAGAUGUAUUAUUGCAACCGUGUGAUGAAGAUGCAGAUGUUGAUGGAGAAAAUAAUAGUGAAAGGGAAAAUAGUAUAUUGCUCGAUGGCAAUGAUAGAAUAUCUUCAGAGAUAACUCUGGAUUCAAGUAGCAAACCUUGUGACCUGAAUGCAAACACUGAUGCCGAGGUGCCGGGGGACGGCAGCGUCGAUGGCUCCGAGGAAGCUCCGGGUGUCCAAGUGCCACGGCUGGAUCUCAAGAACGUGUCCGAUGGUGACAAAUGGGAAGCGCCAUGCCCUAUCACUUUCCCCCUCAUUGAUUUCAAAACAAUGCAUCUGCAGAGAGAAGGGGAGGAUCCAUUUCCUGCUUUCAAAUCUUGGCAGGAGGACAGUGAGUCUGGAGAAGCUCAGCUCUCCCCCCAGGCUGGAAGGAUGACUAAUCAUCCCUUGGAAGAGGACUCUCACCCCAUCUUGUCACAUCGCAGUUUGGAUUUUGGGCAAAGCCAGCGUUUCUUACACGAUCCAGAAACUUUAGAUUCUUCAUCCAAAGCACUUUCUUUUGUUAGAACACGGAGAGCAUCCUUUAGCUCCAAGGAUGACAAAAGGGAAGACAAGACACCUUAUCAGCUUGUCAAGAAAUUACAGAAAAAAAUCAAGCAAUUUGAGGAACAGUUUGAAAAAGAGAAAAACAGCAAGCCCUCCUAUAGUGAUAUUGCAGCCAAUCCAAAAGUUUUGAAGUGGAUGACUGAACUUACCAAAUUGAGAAAGCAAAUAAAAGAUGCAAAGCAGAGGAGCACAGAAGGAGAAUUCAUCCCUCAACCACGUCCACGAAGUAACACCCUUCCAAAAAGCUUUGGUUCCUCUCUUGACCAAGAGGAUGAAGAAAAUGAGGAUGAGAUGAGGGUUGUGCAGAAGGAGAAGAAACCCACCAAGGAGGCCACGCUGGAACUCAUCUUGAAAAGGUUGAAGGAAAAACGAGUGGAGAGAUGUUUGCCAGAAGAUAUAAAAAAAAUGACAAAGGACCAUUUGGUAGAAGAGAAAACAUCUCUCCAGAAAAGCCUCUUGUAUUACGAAAGCCAACAUGGACGGCCGGUUACUAGAGAAGAAAGACAUAUUGUGAAGCCACUUUAUGACAGAUACAGACUUGUAAAACAAAUGUUAACUAGAGCAAGCAUUACUCCUAUCCUUGGGUCACCAUCCACCAAGAGGCGGGGGCAGAUGUUACAGCCCAUUAUUGAAGGUGAAACUGCCCAUUUUUUUGAAGAAAUUAAGGAAGAAGAGGAGGAAAGUGAUGGUUUGUCUACAGACCUGAAUGAUAUCUUAAAAACUGCUGCCCAAACCCAACCUGUUCUAAGCCCAGUGGAAAACUCUGAGUCUGAUGUUGAAGAUGGUCAAGAGAAGCUGACCCGGGACCUGAGGCUGUCCAGCACCCGUGCUGCUUCCAUGCCUGAAUUAUUGGAGCAACUGUGGAAAGCCAGAGCUGAGAAAAAGAAGCUACGUAAGACCUUACGAGAAUUCGAAGAGGAGUUUUAUCAGCAGAAUGGAAGGAACGUGCAGAAAGAGGAUCGGGCCCCAAUGCUUGACGAGUACAGGGAGUACAAGAAAAUCAAAGCCAAGCUGAGGCUCUUGGAAGUCCUUAUCAGCAAACAAGAUUCUUCAAAAUCCAUUUAAAUUCUCUUCCUCCAACCUGUCGAGUAACAUGGUGUUUCCAUACACUCCCCCUGUACUUGUUGGGUGCUUGUGUUCAUGUGUCAUGCACUGUUGAAAGAAUCCAGUUUGUGCACUUUAUUGUGGUGCCACCAGGAUGUGUUUGAAGGGUAAGCAGGUCCUGUCUAGAGAGCAAGUUAAGGUUUCUGAGACUGCUCUAUCCAACUUUAGCAAACACAGUUUCCAUCAGAGUUUUGUAUUCCAGAUGCAUCCAUCUUGUUCCAAAACAACCAUAGCUUUUUUUUUUUCUUUUUUUUUUUUCUUUUUUUUUGCUUUAGCAUUCAAGAACUUUGAGACUUUGGUUGCUACCAACUUUUUGCAUUAUUGAAGAAGUUAUUAAUACCAUAAUGCUACACCGAACUACUCCUCUUGCCUAUUUUUUUAUUACAGGGUGGGUGGGGGGGAAA